ACCACGUCAUUCUCAAAGUCAGGGUAGUGUAGAACGUGCAAACCAAGAUAUUGAAAACAUGAUUUCGACUUGGAUGCAAGAUGAAAAAACUGACCGUUGGAGUGAGGGAUUGAGAUUUGUGCAACUUAUGAAAAAUAGAGCUUUACAUUCAGGAAUCAAAAGAACGCCCUAUGAGGCUCUCUUCGGCUGUAAAGUAAAGGUCGGUCUUACAACAUCUUCUCUGCCUCGAGACAUUUUGGAUUCCAUUCACAGCGAAGAAGAUUUGGAAAGAGUGGUUAAUAACAUGCACACAACAGAAUCACAAACAAUGUCAAGUCUAGAACCUCCACUCCAAACCGAUCAUAACACUUCAGAAGUUAAUGAGGCAACCGUUGAUGUCUCGGUCAGUUCUAGCCUUCUACAAAUGUGUAGCGUUUGUUUGCAGCAAACUAAUGAGAAACAAAACUGCACAAAAUGUUUAGCGGACAUACAUAUUUUCAUGUGGCCAUUCAAUUCAGGAGUGUGA